AUUGGAACUACUAACUGGCGGUCAUGUGCGCAGGGGUUACUUGGCAUUCUGGGACACAAACAGUGCUCGGUAUGAAUAGCUUCAGCAGCGAUAACAGCAGCAGCAGCAGCUUGCACUGUGGACUGAGGGCGACGAGAGAUAUAACUACACCCAGCUAGCACCGAGAGAGCAAACGGGUUUUUCUUGUCAGACUUCUGUGUCCGGUUUGUCGCUCUGUUCUCCGGAAUGAGCGGACGACGAGGCCAGUUACGGCCGUUCGGUCUCUGAAAUGCAACGGGGGACUUUAUCAACGCAGAGUUAUUUAGCUAACGAUGGGAGUAAGUUAGCCGUGCAGUGAUUUAUGCUAGUGUGUUAUCGUUAGCUGGACGGGCAAUGCUGGCGGAGUCGUAAAAGUUGAUGUCCUCUACCACUUGGAUUCUGGUCGCCUCUGACCAAAGAAGUGUUUUGUCGCUGUCUUCGCCUCCUCCAUCCAUUGACUUUUCGCUGUCCUGGGCGCAGGGGUGACGGCUGUGAAUAUGGCGAGUGUUUCAGACCUAGACUACAAAACUGGCACUUUUAAAUCACUGGACUGGCACGUCGCCCAGCUAGUUUACCCAAGAUAAACACUAUUACGUUGGACAGUUCUUGUAAUGGCUAAGGAGAGUGACGGAUUUUGUCUAAGUUCAUAAAUACCUGCCCUCAUUUGGAGCUCAGCACAUUGUUAUUGCUCGACAUGGACUUGCGUUGGAUGUGAAGACUCACAUCUCAAACGUCACAGCUCUCUUCAGGUCGGACAGUUCACCUGAACUCUGCUGCUGGUCCCCAUAGCUCAUUUGAGGGCCAACAUGUCAAUGUCAGGGUCCACGACCGUGCAGUUUUUCACCAAGCUUCUCAAGCAUGCUGUGGGCAAGGCGCAGAUUCAGCUGAACCGCUGGCUGCAGAGGACUGCCACAGAGGAGUGUGACAAGAUUGACAUCCUGAUAUGCAGCGCCUUUGACGAGUCAGGGGCCGGCAUAGGGAAAUCAGAUGGAGACCCUGAGGUUAUCAGUUCCCCGGGGGGGACUACCUUCAGCAACAGUGGGGAGUUCAGACACCCCUGCUGUAUCACCACCUUCUGCUUCAAGAGCGCCCUGCUGGCAUGCAUCCUGACCGCUGUGUGCUUCUCCUCGGUUGCCCUCGUUCGCCAAUACCUCAAGGACCUCCUGCUCUGGGUGGAGAGCUUGGACAGCCUCGUCGGGGCCCUGCUGUUUAUAGUUGGUUUGAUUAUCGUGUCGUUCCCGUGUGGAUGGGGAUAUAUUGUUCUUAAUGUGGCAGCUGGCUACCUCUACGGCUUUGUGCUGGGCAUGGGACUAGUUAUGGUGGGAGUUUUAAUAGGGACCUUUGUGGCACACCUGGUGUGCAAACGACUAUUGACUGACUGGGUGCUGAACAAGGUGGGGAACAGUGAACAGCUCAGUGCUGUUAUAAGGGUGGUGGAGGGAGGAAGUGGACUCAAAGUUGUUGCCUUAGCGAGACUUACCCCCAUACCUUUUGGGCUCCAAAAUGCAGUUUUCUCGAUCACAGACGUGUCCUUGCCAAACUACCUGGUGGCCUCCUCUGUGGGUUUGUUGCCCACUCAGCUUCUAAACUCCUACCUGGGCACCACGCUUCGCACCAUGGAGGACGUCAUCGCUGAGCAGAGUGUCAGCGGCUACUUUGUGUUCAGCCUGCAGAUCGUCAUCAGCAUCGGCCUGAUGUUCUACGUCGUGCACCGGGCUCAGGUUGAGCUAAACGCAGCCAUCGCCGCUUGCCAGAUGGAGCUGAAGUCAUCACACAUGAACGGAAACUCAACAAAUCACGGCGGCUUCACCUACUGCAGCAAGAGAGCGACAGCUGGCAGCGGAAAUUGCGUCAACGUGGUGUGACGUGGCAGCAAGCUCGUAGGGGUUUGCUCCCCAAAUUGUGAGACUGCAGAGCCCGAGGGAACCAACUGAGUUUAGACGGCUUCUGAAAAAAUGUUGGUGGGUUUCUUAAUUUUCGACAUCGUACUCUGACCGCCCUGAAGUCUUUAGUCGGUACAGUGGUUCAGACGUGUACGACCACGCACCUUUGGGGCGGGGGGGAAGGUGCUGAUGGGAAUGAUUUUGCGGUACAACUUGGUGGGAGAUUUUGUUUAGUCUUUUUAAUUAUAUUCAUUAAGAUACUUCUUAACAUUUACUCUGUUACAGGAGAUGUCAAUGAAAUAAUGAUGUUUAGAGAUAUCAGAGGUGGCUGAGUGAGUCUUUAAUAAACAACAGCGAGGCAUGAACUGCCUGCUAACACUAUGAAUGUGCAAUCUGGAGCUUUCUAGAGAACCAAGGAAUUGUUUUUUUCCAUUUCAGUGUCAAAAGAAUGCCAACCUAUGCACCUUUCUUUCAUACUACAUCCGUUUUCUUUUUCUUGUUUUGGAGGGAGAGAUCCUAUGAUUUGUCGACAUCCACUGCUAAUUCACAGUACAAAUAACAAGGGCAUUAAUGUUUUUUGAAAAGAUUUGGCUGUGUGGUACGGUUCAUUGUGUUCAAGUGUCUUAUUUUUGGACUGUGGAGAGGGGAGCAUGAGCGGGGCCUCUUUGGCUGUGCGAUUUCUGCUGGCUUACGACCACAUCAGCUGAAUCGGCCUCGCCUGCCCGGAGAACGUUUUUAAUGCUUCUGCAGUUUUGAUAAGAGCAGCUGGAGAGGAGAGCAGAUUUCUCAGCAGGAGACUCAGGAAUGUUCUCUGCCAGGAAAGUUGAAGUGCAGCGUGAUCAGCAGCCACAUGCUCCGCUGCAGAAAGAUUCCCACACCCAACUGCAACCGAGAUGUCAAGCUUUCCUGUAAGUGUUUAUGAUUCACUUGGAUUUUACAUUUUUUUUUAAUUUGGCUGUGAGAUUAUCCAUUACAAUUAUGACUAAGCUUUUGCUUCAGAUCGUAGUUUUGACAACUCUGUGCAAUAUGAGGAAUGGUGACAAAAUGGCAUGAAUGUCAUAUUUCAGUGCUGAAACCAAACUAAUCACAACUGCUCUCACGCAAAACAAAAUAACACAAACCUAAGUCUGUGUUUGUUUUACUUACAUUACGGACGAGUAAGCUCGAUGAGAUGGAUAAGCUGUUAUUUUUUAUGUGCCAUAAUUUGACUAAGCUUACCCGAUGCCAUGACACUGGCCCCGCCUGAGCCGAGGCCUCACGUGACUUAUGACUUACUUUAUUACUUAAUCAUGUGGGUAAUUAUAGAAAUUAUCUGAGAGAGAUUUUUUUUUUUUAUGUUCUAGUUCUUUAUGAUACAAAAAACAAAGCUCUCAUGUUGUAGGUUCUUUUGCACAGUCCACUACGACAGAUAAGCAUUAUUUUCACAAGCGAGGAAGGGGUUUGGUGGGUCAAUGGUGGAAACUGAUGUGUCUCAGAAGCCGACAAUCAAACACAACAUGGACACUAAGUGAUGAAUGUCAUAAUACGUUUAUUUUUACAUGAAUUAUUGUGAUGCUGCUCCUCAGACAACGUCUGAUUGAGGAUUAAUAAGGGCUCCUAUAUGAAAUAUCCAUCUUAAUGUCCCUGUAUUUGUUCACUAAAGCCUUUUUUGUAAUGCUGGCAAAACUUAUUGUUUUUUCACUUUAAAUGUGUACUUUUUUUUUGUUUCUGUCUGUAAGCCAGUGAUGUAAUGUUCUCCCAAACACAUUCCAUGCUGUCCGGAGUUGUUUUCAUGAUAAAUGUUGGUUGAAAGGGCCCCUUCCUGUCUCAAUUUAGCAAUAAUGUUUGAAAGCAAAAAAAAAGAAAAGAAAAAAAAGAAGAUAUAUAGAUAAUACCACCAAUAAGAUCUUUAGCCGAGUGUUGGGGAUAGCUGUUUACUACCAUUGUUAAAGUUUUUUUUCUCUCUGAAGUGAACAAAAACUGCAUUUGAGUCGUCUGUUGAUCGAUGUUCCGCUGUAAGGUUGAGUGUCAAUAUUCCCAGAUUUGUUUUACAGUCUUUUUAACCUGCCUGUUACCUCCCGCUGCCUCUGACAGACAUUUCUGCGCUGCCAACAAACAUCUGUGAUCAGAACAGCUUGAAGCACCUUAUUUGGAGAGUCCCUAAACCUUCUGAUCGCUUAUUGAUCGUUAGCAAUCAGCCUCUCACUUCUGUCAAUUAAAAAAAAAAAAAUCUUUUGAAUCCAGCCCAAACAUUUCUAAGUUUUUUCUUUUUUACUUGAAUUGAAAGUUUACUUAAAGAGAGCUGAGUACAUUUUAUGCAUGCAAGAUUUGUAAAAUCUGCUCACUACUCUAACUUUCUGAAGGCCGGACAUAAUUCAUUCUCAGUUCCUGGUGAGGGAAAUCUUGUAAAUACACCUCUGUGUUCGCCUGACAGCACUCCUGACAAACAGUGAUUCGAUGAAGCUGUUCUGCUCAGAUGUGGAAAAAAGAAGAUGGACCAUGUUUAAUGCAAAAAUCCAAUACAUGAAACUUGAUUGGACACACACACACAAAGUAUUUUAGUCUCAACUGGGAUUUUGAAAACGUGACAUUGUGGAAAGAUGAGCAAUUUUACAGUAGGGGCUUUGGUUCUUCCUAGGUGGGCUCUACUUAACUUAGAUAUAGUUAUGCAACAACUGAUUCCUAAGGGAAGUAUAUUUCAUAGACAUCCACACAAGACCUGAAUCUGGGAUGUAACUGCACACCUGAGCUGUUCCAGAGGAGGACAGUGCGAUAUCAGUGACUUCGAGGGUCAAUUUAAUGGUCUCGUUUGGUGCUAUGAAAUGCAAUACUUCCCAUCUGUAUCAAGUGCAUUACACAUAUGCUGUAUUUUGUAAUACAGAGAAUUUUGCAGUGUAUAAAUAUUGAUAUUUAUCGCUGUACGAUGCUUGUUCAGUGUUAUUUAUGAGAGAGAGAAUAAAACCUGUCUGACUUUGUUACACA